AUGACCCAACUUCUCAAUCUGAUAGCUAUUUUUCUGAUUGAUACUUAUUUUUUGCCAGUUCAAUGUGUAAAAUGUUAUCAUAAAAAUUUAUAUUCUGAAUCAGAAUCGUGUGAAGGAGAUUUUUGCAUUAUUCGCAGAGCACCGGGCACUAGUAACUUCGACGUAACACAAAGCUGUGUAACCGGUGCAAAGAUGCCAGAACAAACUUGUGUUCUGGAUUACGAAGAUGGUAUUCAUUGCUUUUGCAACACUGACUUUUGCAAUGCACCAAAUAUGUUCCGAUUGAACAUGACUGUUCUGCCAAUCAUUGAAUGUAAAGAAGUGUAUGAAAAGGAGUAUAGAGCGGCAGCCUGUAACAAAUGCACAUGGAAAGUUGAUUAUAUGGCAUACGAUAAAACUCUAGCACCAUCAAACGCUGUUGAAAACGUACAAUGUGGUUACAGUGGGCAGUCUGGUCCAUUCAAUUUGGAUCUCGUUAGUCACAUUUAUGAUCGGAUUGGUCUCAACUUUUUUAACGAUGGAUGUUACAAUAUUUCCAUGAAUCCACAACAAUACAACUUGUACUGUAGAUGCUCAACGGCUCUUUGUAAUAAUCCAGAAGGUUCUCUUCCGUUUCCAUUACCAGCACCAAGGAUAUCUUGUUAUACAAGUGGGUUUGAUUCUGAUGUAAAUAAUGCAAAAUAUGAUACGCCCGAAGCGAGUUACUAUGACGUAUAUGCUCAAUUGGUGAAAAAUGAUAGUUAUUAUGAUAAAGAUAUUGAAUGUCGUGGUCAAUUUUGUUUCGUUGUGUAUAGUAAAGAACAAGACAAGUAUUAUAAAGGAUGUAUUACUGCAAAUGAGCAAGGAGACAAUAAAAUCAAGCUGGGAUAUAUGUAUGUCAAUGACGUACCUUACUACAUCUGUAAUACGAAUUAUUGUAACUUGGACAUGGAAACAGCUUUGGCGGAAGCUAGAAACGGAAGCCUUGUAGACAACUCAUCAAUAUUUUCAUUUUCUUUCAAAGUCCAAAUCAUUUUUCCCCUUCUUUUUUUUCUAUCCCAAUAA